AUUAAAUUAUUUUUUUUCUUAUAUUUGGAUUAAAUUGAAAUUCAAAAUUCUUCGUAACCACAGAAACAGGCAAGCAUAAACACAGAAGAGAUGGCUAAGCGUGCAGGAGGUCUAGUAUUCCGUGCCUUGGAUAUGGUAAGGAGUAAAGAAUUUCGCGAUUACUUGAUGAGUACACACUUUUGGGGUCCAUUCGCUAAUUGGGGUAUACCUGUUGCUGCCAUUGCUGAUAUGAAGAAGGAUCCAAAAUUAAUUUCUGGAGCAAUGACUUUUGCUUUAACUCUGUACUCUACUGUAUUCAUGCGUUUUGCUUGGAAAGUCCAACCAAGAAAUUUACUGCUGUUUGCUUGCCACCUCACCAAUGCAACUGCUCAAUCUAUUCAGGGUUUGCGAUUUCUAAAUUAUGAAUACAAUCGAGACGAUAAAACUUAGAAUGUGUUGAGAUGAACACUUAUUUUAUUGUAUGAGAUUUAGCGACCCCAUAAACAGAUAUAUGCGUGCCUGUGAUUCGUCUACUUUGAAGCAAACAAAAUUUAUGUUUUCCUUAAUAAAAGCUAAAAAGGAUGUUUAAAUAUC